GAGUUCCUUGCAAUUGUAUUCCUCCCUUUUCCCCUUUGUUACCAAUCUCAUUUUCCCUUGUUUCUAUUCUCAAUUUUGUUACACAAGUAUUCUCAAAGCUUGAAAUGAAGAAAAUUGUGCUGAAAUUGGAUUUACACGACAACGAAUGCAAACAAAAAGCCAUGCAGACAGCCGCUGGCCUUUCAGGGGUUGAUUCAGUUUCGUUUGACGCCAAGGACCAAAAAUUGACAGUGACAGGAGACAUUGAUCCGGUGGUAGUGGUAAUAGAACUAAGGAAGCUGUGUCACACAGAUAUAGUUACGGUUGGACCAGCAAAAGAGCCAGAGAAAAAGAUACCGGAGAUCAAGAAAGAUGAGCCGAAAAAGCCAGCAGAAGCCGAGAAAGAUCCCCCGAAAGAACACCCCCAUCUGUUGGCGUAUCACCCUUCAACGUCCACAAACAAUGAUCCUCCAGUGCCUGAAUAUUACACCUGCGGUAAAACUGUUGAGUAAGAUCCAGUUGGCUGCAUAAUCUGCUAAUUGUUUUUUCAUGGUGCUCCCAUAAGAUUUUUUGUUCGAGUUCAAUUAUAUAUAAUUACAUGUGAUAAUAUUUUAAGAUUUUCACAUGAUGACAUCUUAUCAAUUCAUCAUCACCUUUAGUCUACUUUACGUCAAGUUACCUUUAUGUCUAGUUUACCUUUAAUCAAAAUCUAUUUUAUGUCAUGAGUUAUGUUUACUUUAUAUCAUAUAAGUGAUGAGUCAUCUUUACUUUAUUAAAGUCACUUUAGCUUUAUAUAAAGUCAUUUGUAAAAUUAUAAUCAUGCUUUGUCUUAUUAGGUUACUAUUCAUUUAUUUUUUCAUGUAUAAAUUAUAAGUUUUUUCUCCUAGAAGGAUCAAGUUUUAGUUUUCCUAAAAAGUCUUGUAAAAAAUCUCUCUUUAUAAAAUAUGUUUGGCUAAAAACCUCAUUCUCUUUUGGUAAUUCUUUUUUGCUUCUUUCAUAGUUAAAGUUUUAGUUCCAUGUUUCGUCAAGCUAUCUAUAAUUUGUAGCGAUACAAGUUAAAUAUGUUCUGUAGUUACCAUAAUAUUAUAGAUUUUUUGCAUAAAAAAUUCUUAUUAAGCUGUUAAACAUACAAUUGAUCUACUUUCUUAGCUAAAGAAAAGUUAUAUUGAACCGAGAUCAUACUAAAAAUAAGUUACUAUAGUGAAAGACACAUCUCCAUAAAAGUCAAGCCACCAAUUCGACAUUAAGCCAAAAUGGCGUCAAAGU